UAAAGUUGGUUGCCAACCGCCAUAUAAAACCCACAGAAGAAGAUUUCCGGUCUCCAUUUUAUUAUAGCUAGCAGUUCAUGUCGCAGCUACAGACAGGCGUUUCGACGGAAGACUGCAAACGGAUCGAGUAUUAGUGUUGGUUUUACAAUACGUUUCUCAUUCACGUUUGCGGAGUAUCAAUUUUUGUUUUGAAAAUUGAGACCUGUUGAAAUGGCAGAUCCAGCCAUGCACCGAGAUUGUCCUCUUGACUGCAAGGUCUAUGUGGGAAACCUGGGAAAUAAUGGCAACAAGACAGAGCUGGAGAGGUCCUUUGGCUAUUAUGGGCCACUUCGCAGUGUCUGGGUAGCAAGGAACCCCCCAGGCUUUGCUUUUGUGGAAUUUGAAGAUCCAAGGGACGCAACAGACGCAGUGAGGGAGCUUGAUGGAAGGACGCUAAGUGGUUCUCGUGUGCGAGUGGAGCUGUCCAAUGGUGAGAAACGCACCCGCAACCGGGGUCCUCCUCCCUCAUGGAGCAGACGUCCUCGAGAUGACCAUCGCGGGCGUCGUGGUAGCCCGCCCGCCAGGCGCAGAUCUCCACGAAGGAGGAGCUUCAGCCGCAGCCGAAGCAGGUCUCUCUCCAGAGACAGGAAGAGGGAGAGAUCUCUGUCCCGGGACAGAAACCAUAAACCCUCAAGAUCAUUCUCUCGAUCAAGGAGCCGCUCCAGAUCUACUGAGAGAAAGUAAGAAGAUUCACGGCAAUCAAUGGAUGAACAAAUACAGCCAUCCCUCUAGCGAGUUGUUUCAUGUGAUGGACUUUAAAUGACCUCUGGUCAUUUGUCAUUUUUAUUUUUAACAAUCAAAUGUUUAGUAUUUGCUUCUUUGUGACUUUCAAGGUACAUAUUUCCUCUGUAUUUUGUAAAUAAGUGGGUAUGCAGGUGUAAUACGUUACUGAAAGGGCUGAACUUGAGAACCAACUUCUCAUUGAAAAUAGCAUAUAAGACAUCGAUGUUAGUCAAACAUUUAUUCCAGUGGCAAAAUUGACAAUAAAAAUGCAAGUAGGUACAUAUAAAGUCCGUAUCGUCCAAAACAGACUUGUGAGAUUUGUGUACAAGAUUUCGGCAUGACUUGAGUGUUUGAGUCUCUGUAUGUCUAAAAGUACCAGGUCAAGGAAAGGCCCUGUUUUAAAUAGUCUAGUGCUCACGUCAUGUUUCCAUGUCAGCAAGAUUUGUCUGGAGGUGGUAAAAGGCUAUGGUCAUCUAUUCUAUGUUGAUUAAUAUAUGUAUCUUGUUGUCUAGUUGAUCAAUAGGAUUUUGGCUGUUCUUCCAGUUCCUGUUGGUAAAUAUUUGUCAAUGGGAAUAAUGGCACCCGUAUUCGGGAUAUUGGAAUCGAUUUGAGAAAAAAAAGAUGCAAAGUACUGAAUACAAUUAUCUCAAUUUUGGCUCUACAAUAUUCCAUUUUCUUUUCCUUUGUACUAUUUGUAAUGUUCUCAAUUAAAAACUGGUUGUAGAAAAGUCUUCUGUUACCAUUUUGUGGGGAGAUAAAAUAUUAAACUGUCUACAGAC